CGACCAAGAGAUGGUGAUGUAGCUGUUGCGUGGCACUUGGUUCUUUCCGCCGAUCAAUAGUUCCGAGCCGCCUCCAUAUUCCGUUUCCACAACACGGGGCUGGAUUACUGAGGCACUCAAAUCGGGGCCGAAAACAUCCAAACAUGGCCUCUGUCCUCUUCCUUGCACUUUUCGUGGUCGUCGGCAAGGUUAGCUCGUACAACCCACAUCACCUCAAGCAUGAGCCGAGGAUCACCGACGCCCUGCUCAGGGAGGUCAUGGACCAGAUGGCUAAGGACCUGACCAACUCAGGGUCCUACGGAAUGCAAUUCCCGGUCGGAUCAAGGAUGGAUCCAGAAAUGGAGCUGCAGAAUCAGGCGUUGAAAGACUUGAAUAACGAGGACCAGAUGAUGGGUGAUUACGGCCCGAUUUUGGGCUCGCUGGACCAGCAGCCGCCCAGCCUGCGCGACCAGGAGUUCAUGCAACACAGUUCUCUCUGGGGACACCAAUUCGUGACAGGCGGCGCCGGCGAGGGAAAGCAGCGGCUCAAGCCUGACGGAACCAUCAAGAACCAGAAGCAGAUCAAAACGGACGCCGUGCUACCGGCUUACUGCAACCCGCCCAACCCCUGCCCAAUUGGAUACAAUGAGGGAUGUCUGAGUGAAUUUGAGAACACGGCUUCAUUUUCUCGCAACUACCAGGCGUCUCAGGAUUGCAUGUGCGACACGGAACACAUGUUUGACUGCUCCAUGGAGAGCUCUGUGACCAGGGCGCUGUCACGGGACGAUCAUCGCUUGGACCAAAUGAUGCACAAAUUUAAGAUUGACAACGACCACAAGAGCAUGGUGGCUAAAAAGGGAUCUCCGAGCAAGGACGAUCACAACCCGUUUUUGGCCGGGGACAAACUUCCCAUUGCCGCCAAAAAGGGAUUCGACUUCGGUUACUAAACUCUCCAACUUUCGAUGGAGACUAUUAUUGAAUAUUUAAAAAAUCAUAUAUAUAUUCCUAUAAAAUUAUCAGACAAAUAUUAUUAAAAAAAAAAUAUGUGAAGAGCCACAUUACCAUACGAACAUUAGAGCAUUUACAUUUUAUUUUUGUGUCCUGCUGCGCGGUGUAUUAAAUAGAAUUUAUCUGCCAUGUUGCUGAGAGAGUGUGCAUUCAAUAAAGCGCCGUCGACCCUUCAUUUUACGACCGA